CAGUCAUCAUUCAAGCACAAACCGCGAGUCAGGGAAGACGGGUUGUCCCCGGAAAUUUUCGCGUUCCGUCCGUCCGUUGGCCAGUUAUUCAUUCGUCGGAAAAAGUGUUGUUAUUCUAUACUUCGGAAGUGCGAUCGACUGCCUCUUCCAUUCGGAUCGGAACUUGACAUCCCUACCCGAAUUGUACGGUCGCCGAAAAAGUGCAGCAAGGGACCUUCGUCUUCGCUAGCUGUUUGUAUUACACACAUUUGCCUCCCGUUUUCUCUCGCUCUGUGGUGUUGCCGUUGCCGCAGAGUUAGGGUCGUUCGGUUCGUGGUGCUCCCGAAAUAGUGUCCCCAAAACAAACCUCGCUCGGACCUUGGUUUCCGCCCCACGAUUACGACCCACCUUCCCUCGGACGAAACAACUGGAACCACACAGAGAGUGAGCGAGCUUCCGGGUAAGCUCCUCAGGAAUCGCUCAAAUUGGAGGCGAAAAAGGCAAAAAUGGUGCUGGCCGACCGAAACGCUGAAAACGUUGUCCGCAAUGGGCGACGAUCGCGGGGGCCCAGUCCCAAUGGCCACUCGGCAGCGUUGGCCGGCGGCAUAAUCACCGAAUCCAGCUCAGAUGACGAAAACUCACGGAAAAAUGGAAAUUCCUCCAAGGAAACGAAAAAGAAGAGCGAAUAUGAAGAGAAAAUUCGUGUCGGACGUGAUUACCAAGCCGUAUGCCCAGAACUGAUACCAGUGCCAGAACGCAAACCAGAGGCCCUCAAUGACCGAGCGUUGCUGGUGUGGUCUCCCACAAAGGAAAUUCCAGACCCAAAACUGGAAGAGUACAUAACGGUGGCCAAAGAGAAGUACGGAUACAACGGCGAACAGGCACUGGGAAUGCUGUUCUGGCACAAGCAUGAUCUCGAGCGGGCGGUGCUGGAUUUGGCCAACUUCACCCCCUUCCCGGACGAGUGGACCGUAGAGGACAAGGUCCUGUUCGAACAGGCAUUCCAAUUCCACGGCAAAAGCUUUCACAGAAUUCGACAAAUGCUACCGGACAAAUCGAUCGCUAGUCUGGUCAAAUUCUACUACUCGUGGAAGAAGACGCGCAGCCGAACCAGCGUGAUGGAUCGGCAGGAGAAGAUGAAGAAGAACGACAGCUCCGAGAACGGAAGCGACCACGGGAGCAACGAAGAUUCGGACAACGACGACAAGCCAUCGGCAAGCACUAGCGUCAAUAAUCCGGCCUCAAAUUUCACGGUGGGCAGUGGCACUGGCGAUCCAACGGUUAUCCCGAACUCGAAUGGCAUCCCCACUCCCGGUCAGAACGAUUCUGGUGACCUUGCCAAUAAGCCAGGUCAAAACGAAGCUGAGAUCGGUGGUCCUGCCUCUGCCCUAAAUGCAGCCUCCACCAACGGUAACAGUAGCCUUAACUGUUCCGGGUGCGGCGUUACCUGCAGCGAACUGAAUGCGACUCCCCAGGGGAAAUUGUGCGGCAGUUGUUACCAUCAUUGGAGACGUACCGGUGUUUUGCGUCCCACAUCCGGUCCGACUUUUAUGAACAAACGUGCGCGCAAUUCGAACCUGUUGGGCAAGUCCGGGGACAGUCACAAGCGUAGGCCCCCGCGGGGUAUGUACAUCAAUCACGACGACAUUGUCAAACUGGCCAACACGGCCCAGAACAAUAACAAUGCCGAACCGAAUCCCAACGACGACCUGCUGGCCGGGAUGGAUAGGGAAAUCGUUACCCUCUGGAGUCAAAUUCAGUUGAACAAACAGUCCAUCAGUGGGCUGAAGCGCAAGCUGGACCAACAUCCGGUGAAUGGGGCUCGCCCGUUGGAUCCCGUAACCGUUCGGGUUAAUUCACGUUGGAACAAUGAAGAGCUUUUGCUGGCCGUUCAGGGCGUUCGGAAGUAUGGUCGGGAUUUUCAGGCGAUUGCCGAUACUAUAGGUACCAAGAUUGAGGCACAGUUGCGUACCUUCUACGUGAACUAUCGUCGGAAGUACAAUCUUGACAACGUGUUGAAGGAAUUUGAAGCGGAACAGAAGCAACUUCAAGAACAGAUGAAUAAUAAUAGUAAUACUACAAUCAGUAGUGGUCCUGCCAUCAGCAACAAGGAAGAUGACUCAACGACAAGCAUCAGCGAGCUGGAAAGUGCUGAUAAUAAUUCAAUGACAGGGGACAAGCUGGACAUUGAAGAGAACAAGAAGUCGUCUGGAAAAAAAUCCACCCUUAUAGAGAAUGAAAUUUUAGAGAUCGAUCUUGAUGAUGAUGAGAUGAUCAAUGGAAAGAAAUCCGAAUCAGGUGCGGACACUCUUGAUGGACCUACGGUUGGGUCCGGCUUGGCGUCAGCUUCCUCCCUUUUGACGGGUAGUUCGGUAACGAUUUCCGCCUCCGGAAUAUCUACCUCCAAUGCAGCAGCAGACAGUGGAACCCCAAUGGAAGUUGACGAUCAGUCUAGUUCCAGUGCGAAAGGGUCAGAUUCGGCUAGUAGCAGUACCAUUACCAUCAAAUAAGUGACAACACCUGCCGAAUCAUUAUUAUUUCUGUAUCCCCUUUUCAGAUUCGCUUAUUUACUCUCAUUCGCUUUGUCAUGUUGUACCUUUUCUCGUAUAUCUUUCGGUUUUCGUAUCGGUAGAAUACCGCUGUAUUAUUUCAUUUUGUUCGUAGCAGUAGUGACAACUUUUCUCACUAAUGUAAAGCUGUUCAACUUUUUAUCCAUAAACGUAAAGUAGACUGCCUUUUGUCGGGUUUGGAAACCAUCACGACCCAUAUCACCCACAAACUUUUCGUGUAAUAGUGCCUGUUACCGAUCGUAAUGGUUUCAAACUCCGACUUAUGAAAAUGAUCGUAGCUCUCGUUUGAUCUACCAUUUUUUUUUAUUAAAAUAUGAACUACCAAAAAUGAAACCUAAAAAUAGUUAAUCAUCAUCGAUUCGAAAGAUGUGCAAACACAUCAGUUUUCUUUAAUUUAACCCAUCACCGUCCCAAAACUUUCUCCCUCAUGAUGAAUUUCGUUCCACAGCAAUGCGUUCAGUCUGUGUAUUUAUUUGUCAGGUUACAAAAGUUAGCUAGGAAAAGAUAAAAGCGCCUGAAUCGUAUUGAUGAUUCAACUCAUAAAACAGGACACAUUCACUGAACUAACACAUAAGCUUCAGAAAAAAUGCGCCCUUUACAAUUGCAGGACACUUACCUACAUAUGUAUAACAAUUUAGGGAAAGGAACAAACAGGAAUGCGCGUACACAUUACAAGCACACACAAACAUUUACUGUUUCCUUCAAAUUCACUUGGUAUAAAAAAACCGUUGAAAAGCAUUAGAAAACCGUUAUUAUUAUUAUUACUAAUAUUAUGCUAUCGUAAAGCAGCCGUAUGAACGGCAAGCAGAUGAUUAUUUAACAGUUGAUCAAACUACAAAACAAGGAACACAGAUAAGUAACAUGAUAGAAAACGCCGCAACCACAUUUACGCAAUUCUGAUUAGAAGAAGGUAAGAAGCAAAAAAAAAAGAAAAAACACAGGAAAAUAUAUGCGACAUUGAAUGCCUCUUAAAUAUGA